AUGCUCUCAGAUACUCGAAGCUCACCCGUACAGCUUCAGCUUCAGUACUUGAGCCUCAGCUCCUGGCUGUACACUUGCUCCAUUGCCUUAUAUUCGCAGCUCUCCGCCUCCGCCAUGCCUUCUGCGGCCUGCCCCUCCGAGUCCUCCGCUUGCUCACGUAGAUCUGUCUCUAGAAUUCGGUGGACAUCUAUGGAGAGGAUAUGAAGCUAGCGAAAGGCCUCGGGAGUGGUAUGCACAUCGUGGCAAGGCUGAUCUCAACGUGCAUUGCCUUGCUCUGGCUGAACGAACUGCACUCACGCAAGUGGUUACUGAAGGACCCAUCAGGCUGAGCGCAUCAUAGCGCGUACGGAUGACAUGACACACCUGCCUCUUUGAUAACUGUACAGGUGGCGACAACUCUGUCCAUCGCCUGGCACCACGCACGGAUCGCUUGGAAAAACUCCCUGGCCGCAUGCCACAUCGCACGAGGCCCAACGCGAACUGAAGCAACACAAUCUGCUGAAGCCCCUUGUCCCACUGACUAUGCACCCGCUUUGCGCGUCCGGGGUAUUGCCUAGCAGCAGACUCGCGCAGACUACCUACAAUCAGUGCAGCCCAUCAGCGGGGACAGUGAAGACGAUUGGCUCAUCGCGACACGGCGUCGGUAGCAUACACGAUCACAAUAAUGCAUCAAGCCAGAGGUGCAGAAAUGCGCCAUUCAAUGUGCUCGUUCUGUGUACAGGUAACGAUCGCAGAUGACAGAGACACCAACUGCCCUGGCCGUCCACUGCAACGUCUCGCAAGUCGUGCACCGGCCCAAUGCGCCGCGGCGGCCUUCCCUUCAUCCUCCUUCCGCCCUGGUUAUGCAGCGGCGUCCCGUGGCAAAUGAGGAAAGCGGGUACAUCCUCAACUGGCGCGCAACGUAGUUUCAUUCUUUAUGUGCAGUGCGUCCUGCUGUCAGCUGACCAGCAACCCGUCGUGUUUUGCGACGUCCAGCACGGCCAAGUGUUCACGGGCACCAAGCAGUCUGGGCCCGCUAGUCGUUUUACAUAACUCAAUACACUACAUGGACCAGGACCGCAGAUCGCACAGAAGACGAAUCUCGUGCGGUGAAGACAACGCUACGACAGAACGGGAAAACCCUAGCAUUGCAACUGACACCUGGCGAACUGCAUAACAGACCGCACAUGGCCCCAAUAAAAGCUGGUUGGUGCAAGACAGAAGCUGCGCGACAUGGGAGUGCCGCAGACCAAGGCGAGCUUUUCAGUCUGUUUCGUCGUGUUGGUGCUGAAC